AUGCCGAAGAAUAUGGGAAAGGGCGGCAAGUCCUUCAAGGCAGGCAACGCGAAGGGGAUUAUGCAGAACCAGAAGCGUGACAUUGUCUACGCCGACCCGCA